AUGUCGUCAGUCAAGUUGACCCUUUCGAUUUCCAUAUUUUCUCUACUAUUUUCUUUGGGUUUUCUAAUUCUAAUUGCACGUGAUGUUGGACAACUUUUUGAAGAAUUGGAUCAAGGAAUGCAAAUGGUUAAGGUUAGCUAGAAAUAAAUAAAGAUGAGCUAAAUAAUUUUGAAUUUUUUCAGAGAGAAACAGAUUUGGGUUGGCGAUACAUGGUUGAAAUUCGAGAAGAUGUUGCAAAUAUUGCUAGGAUUCGCAGGGAAAAUUAUGGAGGAUACCGUAUGUCAAAAAUUAAAAUGAAAAAAUAUUAAAUUUUUCAAAAAUAAGAUUCCAACCUACCUUUAACGUGCGAAAAAUUUUUCUCCGGAAAAUUGGAGGCGGUUUUGAAAAAGUUAAAAACCGGCAAUUUCUUUCAAACUAAAAAUCGACUCAAAUCCUAGAAAAUUUCGAUUUUCCAGAAGCUUCUGGAAGUGUGAGCGAUUUCGAAGCCGACGGCUCGGGAGAAUUCCCACCUGAGCGAAUUCCAAUGAUGCCAAGUUUCGGCCCACAUUGCGCUUGCUCUUCAUUCUCCAAUCCAUGUCCUCCCGGCCCUGCUGGCCCAAUCGGAGAUCAAGGAAUUGAUGGAGAAGACGGUAUUGACGGAGUCGAUGGUUAUGAUGGUUUUGAUGCACAUCCAAGCCCGCCAGCUGCACCGUCACACGCGCCAUUUAAUUGUCCGCGCGGUCCACCGGGAGAGCAAGGAGUCGACGGUCCACGUGGAAAACGUGGAUUACGUGGGCCACGAGGAAUUCCAGGUAGACCAGGUAGAAAUGGUGCGACUGGAAUGCCUGGAGAAAUGGGACAACCUGGAAUACCUGGAGGAGAUGGAAUUGUUGGAAAACGAGGUGUAAAUGGAAUCGAUGGUGUGAAAUAUAUAAACCGCCCUGGGGUUAAAGGUGCAAUGGGUCCACCAGGAAAAGAGGGACAACCUGGAAUGCGCGGUAAAGAUGGAGUUGUUGGUUUGGAAGGUCUUCAAGGAUACGUAGGAAUGGCUGGGUUAGCAGGAACUGAAGGCCCGGGAGGAUCACAUGGUCCACUUGGACCAGCUGGAAAACCUGGAAAGGAUGCUGGUUACUGUAGAUGUCCGGAUCGAUAUGAUAAUGAUAUUCCCACUUUAACAAGAAGUCUAUGA